ACCACACACACAGACCAAUAACAUCAAAAACAAUGGCGAAUAACGCCAAAUCUACCACAAGAAAACACUCACUUUCCUUUCUUCUCAUAACGGUCUUUGUCUUGAUCAUAACCGUUUCCAAACCAGUAACCUCUCAGAACUGCGGCUGUGCCUCUGACUUCUGCUGCAGCAAAUGGGGUUACUGUGGUCAGACAGAGGACUACUGCGGUGACGGCUGUCGUGAAGGUCCUUGCCAAGGCGGUGGUGGUGAUGAUGGAGACAAUGGCGGUGGAGGCGGGGAUGCCGUUUCACUUGAAGAAACCGUGACACCAGAGUUCUUUAACUCUAUAAUAAGUCAAGCAAGAGAUGGGUGUGCAGGUAAAGGGUUUUACUCUCACAACGCCUUCAUUGCUGCAGCUAACUCCUAUCCGAGCUUCGGUUCUUCCAUCUCCAAACGCGAGAUCGCUGCGUUCUUUGCUCACGUUACUCACGAAACUGAAUUUAUGUGCUACAUUGAGGAAAUCGAUGGACCAGCCAAGGCUGAUGACUAUUGCGACAAAGAGAACACAGACUUCCCAUGUGCACCAGGAAAGGGCUACUAUGGUCGUGGUCCGAUCCAACUCUCUUGGAACUACAACUACGGUCAGUGCGGCAGAGACCUAAACGAGAACCUAUUGGCUUCCCCAGAGAAAGUGGCUCAAGACCCAGCUCUUGCCUUCAAAACCGCUUUCUGGUUCUGGAACACUAAUGUUCGUGACAAAUUUAACCAGGGCUUUGGUGAGACCAUUAGAGCUAUAAAUGGUAUGGAGUGUAGCGGAAGAAAUCCCGCAAUCGUCGAGAAAAGGAUUGGAUAUUUCCGUGACUAUUGUGGCAAGCUUGGAGUCGAACCUGGAGAUAACCUCUCUUGUUAAGUUUUUCCUCACUAUCAAUCUGAAAAAAUAAUGUUCGAAGUAUAAUAAUAAUAAGGGAUAACAUAAGAAAAGUGUUAUCAUAUGAUGCUAAUGUAAUGAAAUGAAGGAUUUUAACUAAAAAUGCGUCAGUUUUUGGCGCAAUAUAUAAUUGAAAAAUAUAUUAUUCC